AUGGCGCCGAAGAAGACGCCGAAGGGCAAGUCGGGCUUCUUCGGCGUGAGGCAGAAGCCCUCCGGCAACUGGGGAGUGGAGUUCUCCGACACCGGAAGGCGUUGGUGGAUCGACACGUACCCCUCCGCCCACGAGGCCGCGCGUGCCUAUGACAUGGCGGUGUGGCGUGCCGAGAGGCCUCGGUCGCACCUCAACUUUCCAGAGAUCGAGAGUCGGGCGGAAGCGGAGUUGCUUGUGCCGCAGGGCAUCAACAUGAAGGAGAUCACGAUGAAGAAGAAGACAAAGAAGCCGUCGGUUGUCGUCAGUGCUGGCAAGACCGAUGAGGAGGCGAUGGCGAGGUUUGCUAGGGAGAAUCCAGAGUACGUCCAGGCCGAGAUGGAGUACUACUGGAAGCGUGAGGCGGAGCAGAAGAAGAAGAAGGGGCCGAAGAAGGAGGAUGAGGCCGGUCCCUCAACGGUGAUCCCCAUCGAGUCCUCUUCCGAGGAGGACUGGGCAGACUUCUCAGAGGAGGAGGAGGAGGAGGAGGGGUGCGACGACCCGACGAAGGAGGAGUUCUGGGAGCAGUUCCGUAGCUCCGAUGAGGAGUAGUUUAUCUAGUAGUUUGAAUAAGUAGUAGUUGAAGUUGAUGUAUGAAACUAUGUUGAAUUUGAUGUUUGAAC